UCUCACUGAAUUUAUCAGUCUCCCCUUUUGUGUGACCACCCGACAGUUAGUUUUACCGACCAUGAAACUUAUCAAGAUCCUCAAAAAGGGUAUAAGAGAACACAGAAUCAAAGGAGACGCACAAAACAGAGAGCUUUGGAGAGUCCAAGAUAUAGAUUACGACUUCCAAAAUACAUCUCAUCACAAGUGGGGAACAUGGCGGGAUUGUUUAAGUAUUUCUUCUCAUCCACUGUAUUUGUGUCUCCUUCAUUUUCCCCGAGACAAUUGGGUCCCUUUUCCAUGGAGAAAUCAUGAUAUAUGCAUGAAUUUGUGUGUAUAUGUGCCUAUUUUUAUGCGUGCGUGUGAUUGUGCUUUGUAUUGGCGGGGCAUAGAUACGUGAAAAAUGCUUAUUUUAGGGCUUGGGUUGGGAUUUAGUAAUUCGGUAAGAAAUUUAGUCUUUCUUCAUGGUUGUUUCUUGCUUGUGAGAAAAAAAUCAUUUUGGGCUUUGUUUUCUGAGUUUGAUUCCUGAUAAUUUUGCUGAGAGAGUAAUGCUGAUGGAAGAAAUAGCUUCAAUAAAUGUAAACAAUUCCCAAAUCUGCAUUUUUGGGGUUUGUUUGUAGUUUCUUGUUUUUUUACUGGCUUCAAGUUUAGGUAUUAGGUGAAUUUUGGAAAUCACAAUAGUAGGUGUAUAAGUUCCUGAAUUGGGAGUGAAAAAAUGCCAUUUAUAUCCAUUUUAAGAGAUCUCAAGGGGAAAAGGGGGAUAGAUGAGAAGGUAGAGCAGGAAUGUGGGUUGGGGGAGCGUAUGAGCUUCGAUUUUAUUGUUGAGGGCUCGUCUUCCUCAUGUCCGGUGGUGGAGCAGAGCCGGUGGGCCAGCUUGCCAAUGGAGUUACUUCUUGAUAUCAUUGGUAGAGUAGAGGCUGAUGAGACUGUGUGGCCUGCUCGAAGAGCUGUGGUGUGUUGUGCUGCUGUUUGCAGGUCGUGGAGGGGGGUAGUUAGGGAGGUCGUUCAGACUCCUGAAGAAUGUGGUUUGCUCACUUUCCCUAUGUCUCUGAAGCAGCCUGGACCACGGGAUUCUUUGAUUCAAUGCUUCAUCAGAAGAGAAAGGGCAACAUCGACUUAUAGAUUAUACCUCGGCUUAAGCCCUGCUAUUUCAGGGGAUGCAAGUAAGUUUCUGUUAGUAGCAAAACGGAUCAAAAGAGCCACAAAAACAGAUUUUGUCAUAUCUUUUGCUGCAAAUGAUAUUUCUCACACCAGUGAAUAUUAUGCAGGCAAACUGAGGUCUAACUUCUUUGGAUCCAAAUUCUACGUUCACGAUUCUCAGCCUCCGUGCAACGCUCCUAUCCAAUCUCACGGUUGGUCGAGGAAAAGAAUUUCCCCGAAGAAGGUGGCACCAAGAAUACCUAUUUGCAACUUCAAUGUUGCAACUGUUGCUUACGAACUUAAUGUUCUGCGUACAAGAGGACCAAGAAGGAUGAACUGCACGAUGCACAUGAUUCAGGUAUCAUCAACUCAAGAAGGUGGAAGUGCUCCCACUCCUGCAACAUUUAGUUAUGGUCUUGAUGAUACCUUUAGCCCCUUCACACCUUCCGUAGGGAGAGGACAGGAUUCUGCUUCCAAUGUCCCUAUCAGUGGUAAAUACGGCAGCAUUGGUAAACAACUCAUUUUGAAGAACAAAAUUCCGAGAUGGCAUGAGCAGCUGCAGUGUUGGUGUCUGAACUUCAGAGGACGUGCUACAGUGGCAUCGGUCAAGAACUUUCAGCUUGUAGCUUCCGGCGAGCCAUCAGAGAACGUUCCAUCCCCGGAACAAGAGAGCGUGGUCUUGCAAUUUGGGAAGAUAGGGAAAGACAUAUUUACCAUGGACUAUCAAUAUCCCCUCUCGGCCUUCCAAGCUUUCGCUAUCUGUUUAAGCAGCUUUGAUACGAAACCAGUAUGUGAGUAGGUUUUUUCUGUUUUAAGUACGGCCUCCGAGUGCCGUCCUUGGAAAUAGAUAUGACUGUGUAUUGUUUUAGGUCCUUAUUUCCUUGCAGAAGGUACCUUGCAGUCACCCUUCAUAAGCUUAAUAUGUGUUGCUCAUGUAGAAAAUCAGGUUGUAGAAGUAAGCUAUUUCAAAGUGCUUUGUUAAUAGUGACUAUGGCAGAUUUUGGUUUAUUUAUUCACAAAUGAAAUCUUUACAAGCAA